CCGUAUAAAAGCUGCACGAGAGGCGCGUUACCGAACUCCAAAGCUGCACGUGACAAACGCAGACGCUCACCGUCCUACCACGUGAUCUCGGACACCCUCGCUCGGAUUACAGUGGCUUUCCUUCUGAAGCACCCCGCGAGUAUCGUGGCCAUGCAGCGAACCAAUGUCUUCUACUCAGUCCGUCUGAGCGCCCUCUCAUUGGCCGUCUUGGUCAUCGUGGUGGCCCUCGUUCCAGUAAUGGCUCAGAUGCACGAGGGUCGGGACGACUGGAACUCCUUGUCUGGUAUGUGGGGCAAACGAGCUGCGAACGACUGGAAUCGGCUGUCUGGUAUGUGGGGCAAGCGCGCAGCGAGCCCUUACGAAGCCCUCGGAGGCCCAUUGGGACAGGCACUCUGGUUGAGAGCCGCAGGAGACGACGACAGAUCGCAUGGUAUCCGGGCGAGGGCAGCUCCCGCGGACAACCACUGGAAUGGACUCAGCGGCUACUGGGGUUGAAGCCACGCAAUGUGAAUUUGGGUCCUCCCACCAGAGCCAACCAGCCGAAGCGAAACUCCCUCCCUCCUAUUUUCUUCGUCAUUGCUGCAACAACGACUGUUUCUCCUUCCUACGUUUCUUUGUUCACCCCGAGUCAUACGCUCCGUGUGAAAAUCUUACAUUCAUAGAAUCAGCGGGUCUGACCGUACUCCGACACACCCUCUCCUGAUAGGAACGCCUGUCCCACGCCAGAAACGUCUCUGUUGGGAGAAAUGUGAGACCGAAGUUAUUUUUGCUGCGAUUGUUCUUUUACGCAAACGAUCCCAGAUUUUUCGGUGUCUAAUUAUGGGUACCACUCGUUCCAACGCGACAAUCAAUCAAGUUCUGAACAUCAUCGACUGUUUCGAGACUAGAAGUUUAGUUACUACGAAUUCAACAGUGGAUUCAAACUCAACGUACUCCUCUACCGUUAUCCCCCUCCCCCUCUCCAGUGAAGGCUUAAUUACUAAGGACACGAUCCUCACCUGACCAAUAUGAUCGUAACGUGCGAAAUGGUUGUGUGUGUGUAGUGGGCCAAUAUGAGCUCCAGCAUGAUACCGUCAAAUAGAAGAAAAAUCUAACAAAAACUAAAAGAAAAACUGUAGGAAGCAGAAAGACGACGUAACGUUAGCAUGCAAACGCUUGAUUUCAACUUCGCGACCGUCCUGUUGCACGAAGACAUUGCUUUAUGUAUCUCCGCUUCUUUGUUCUAGAAAUAUUGUUUCAUUGAAAUGCCGAAAUUCCUACGGCUUUGCUAGUAAUUAUCGUAAUGAACCUCUCCUGUGAAUCUGAUAACCUCUCUUUUUGAUCCUCUCGAACUGGAACACAAAAACGUUUUGAGGCCUAAAUUGCUAAGAUCUGACUAUAGUGUAAAGCACUUGUUUCAUUUUUUUUUAUGAAGUGUGUAUGGCACGCGAAUUCAUGUAAAUACAGUGUAUUGCUUCGAAAUUUUUGGUUGCCAAUAAAAGUUAUAAUUUAGAAAUGCCA